ACCGCGGCCUCUCGGGCGGGCGAGGGGUGGGCCGGGGGCGGGGUCGCGGCGGGGCGGAGCCCUGCGGCCCCUCCCCGCGGGUUCCCGGAAGCCGGCGCGGGCUAGUGGCCCCGGAGGGUGCCCGGCGCUCCCCGGGCGCCCCCAUCGUGCUCGCGCGCCCCCGGCGCGGCCAUGGCGCGGAGCCUCGCCUGCUGGCUGGGCGGCUGCCUGCUGGUGUCAGCCCUGGGGAUGGUGCCACCUCCUGAAAACGUCAGAAUGAAUUCAGUUAAUUUCAAGAACAUUCUACGGUGGGAGUCGCCUGUUUUCCAUAAAGGGAAUCUGACUUUCACAGCUCAGUUCCAAAGUUAUAGGCAAUUCCAAAAUAUAUGCAAGAGUACUGCCUCAACGGAAUGUGACUUCUCAAGUAUUUCCAAGUAUGGCGACCACACCUUAAGAGUCAGGGCUGAAUUUGCAGAUGAGCAUUCGGAGUGGGUGAACAUCUCCUUCUGCCCUGUGGAUGACACUAUUAUUGGACCUCCUGCAAUGCAAGUAGAAGCACUUGCUGAUUCUUUACAUAUGCGUUUCUUAGCCCCCCGAAUUGAGAAAGAACCAGAAACAUGGACCAUGAGGAACAUUUAUAACUCAUGGGCUUACAAUGUGCAAUACUGGAAAAACGGAACUGACAAGAAGUUUCGGACUACUCUUCAGUAUGACUUUGGGGUCCUCAGAAACCUGGAGCCAUGGACAACUUACUGCGUUCAAGUUCAGGGGUUUCUUCCUGAUCGGAACAAAGCCGGGGAAUGGAGUGAGCCUGUGUGUGAGCGAACAACGGAGGACGAAACAACCCCUUCCUGGGUGGUGGCCGUCGUGCUAAUAGCCUCCGUCUUCCUGGCAUUCCUGGUGCUCCUCGGCUGCUUUGCCUUGCUGUGGUACAUUUACAAGAAGACCAAGCACACCUUCUGCCCUGGGAAUUCCCUUCCACAGCACCUGAAAGAGUUCCUGGGCAACCCCCAUCAUAGCACGCUUCUGUGGUUCUCCUUCCCACUCUCUGAAGAGAAUGAAGUUUUUGACAAGUUAAGUAUCAUUUCAGAAGACUGUGAAAGCCGCAAGUGGAAUCCUGGUGACAGCUGCAGCUUUGGGACUUCAUCUGGGCCAGGACCCCCAGAGCUCAUUUCCAAGGAGGAAACCCAUUUCCAAGGAGGAAAGCCAUACAGUGACUCCCCACUUCUCUCAUCUGCCUCAGAGGGUGAUCAGAGCAACAGCCCGAGGAAGCCCCAAACCUAGAACUCUAGCUGGGCUUUGAAGGCAAAAAUACUCCAUCCUAUGAACUCACUGCUCUAUAAAGGCUUUAAUGAUUAUAAAAGCAAUUGGCUACAAAGAGUAUAAUUUUCAGCCUCUCAUACUCACCAAAACGAGAACCAUGUUUUGUCCAUAAGGAGCAAAAUAUUUAAAAUUAGGAAUGAAGUGGAGCUGAUAUGAAAUCAUUCCAGAGUGCUGAUCCACUGACCUGAAAACCAGCCUCAGCUCAAAAAUGGUCACCACCACACUAGGCAGACAUGGAUUUUUUGGACUUCAGGAAGACUUUGAUAAGAUUUCUUUUUCAAUCUAUCUGUGUGUGUUUUAUGUACUCCUGGUGCUCUGUUAAAGUUUUAUUCUCUUAUCUGUAUGUGUUUGUGUUAGUCAACUUCCUGUUAUUACGACAAAAUACCUGAUAUAAACAAGUUAAAAAGAAAAAAGGUUUAUUUGGCCCAUGGUUUCAGAGGUUCUAAUUCAUGUGUUGCCUGGCCCUGUGGCUUUGGGCCUGUAGCAGCACAGUACAUCAUGGUGGGAUUACAUGGUGGAAGAGGCUAUUCACCUCCUUGUAGCCAAAGAGAGAAGAGCCAUGGGGACCCAAUAUCCCCUUCAAGGGCAUGGCCCCAAUGACCCAACUUCCUCCAAGGAGGCCUCAUCUCCUCAAGAUUCUACCACAUUCCAGUAGGGCCAUAGGCUGAGUUCCAAGUCCUUAGUACACAGGCCUUUGGGGGACAUAUAAGAUUCAAACCAUAACAGUGUUAAUGGGACCAUAUUUUGUGUAAUUGUUAGUGAAUGAGGCUUCCAUUUGCCAUUUUUGAUGUCCAUUACUUCAAAAGGUAUUUCUUUGUCCCUGCCUACUGUCAGUCAUGCAUGUGCUGGGUCUAAGGAAGCUUCCUAGAAUAGAAGGUCCCUGGGCUUUGUCCAGUGCAGACACUUACUAAUCUGUGCCCUGUCAUUUUCUUCUGUCUGUGAGAAUGGAAAGGCCUAAGGAUUAGCAGUAAAAUAUUUAAAAUGCUGUGCCACACCUGCAGAGAGUAGACAGCCAAUAAAUGGCAGCUCUUCCUACCAGCUACAUCAUCUCACAGGUAUGACCACCUCUACAAAUGUAGGCCAGCAUCAAAUGUCCCUUCUGUGCCAGAUUGUCCAAUAAAACAGAUCCAGCAAAGGCCCCAAAAUAGGAAGAGUACUUGUUUAGUUAAUUUGACAUUGGGCUGGGGGCACAGCUCAGUGAUAGAGCACUUGCCUAACAGGUGCAAGGCCCUGGGUUAGGUCCCCAGCACCACAAAUAAAUAAAUGAAACCACUAGACAUUUAAAUAUAA